AUGCUGAGCAUCUACAAAAUCCCACAGAUCAGCUACGGGGUCAUCAGCCACAUUCCGGAGCAGAAACAUCUUUUUCCUUUCUUCUACCGGAUGAUUCCAAAACAAGAGCCUCCUCACUUGGCCAUUGUCAAGCUGCUCCUGCAUUUCCGAUGGACGUGGAUCGGCCUCUUUGUUCCCGACAAUGAAAAUGGAGAAAACUUCAGAAAUUCUUUUGCGCUUGAAGCCAUAAAGGAAGGGGUUUGUGUUGCCUUCUCAGAAGACAUCCAAUUGUUUGAUAAAGAGACAAAAAUGGGGAAAAGUCUUCAUUUUAUCCACAGUGAAGUAAAAGUUAUUGUAUGUUAUUUGGACUUCCAGGCUGCUCUACUCCUAGCAUUAACAAUACCAGAGUUGGAAUAUGAUCCAAAAGGGUUUGGGGAGAAAGUGUGGAUUGCCACUGCUUUGACAGACAUAGGGGUCAAAUCGUUUUACAAAUAUGUUGAUCUCUAUCAUAAACAUCUUUUGUUAUCCUUGUCAACUCAGGCCAGACAAAGGACACCAUAUGGUCAUUUUCACUUAGAUUCCUUUAGUAUUGAUCAGUUUGUGAAAACAGCAUUUCAGUAUUCCCAUUCAAGCCCUGUGUUAGCCAAAAAGGUUUGGGUAAGACUGACAGAAAAAGAGAACUGGGAAUUUCCACCCCGUGAUAUAGUUGAAAGAAUCCUCUUCGAAGAUGCCGCCAGUAUUUCUACUGCAAUUCAGGCUGUCUCCAUGGCCCUAAAUGCUGCCUAUUCCUCCCAACUGAAUAGGGGGAGGAUGCAGGUUCGAGACCGUCUCGUACCCCAGAUGUUACCACCUGGGCAGCUUCAUCGUUUUCUGAGAAAGUACCAGCUUUAUAAUCUUUCAGGAGAUGAUGUUUAUUUGGAUGAGAAUGGAAUUCCUGUUGCUGAUUUUGAUAUCAUACACUGGGCAGUAUUUCCCAACUGGUCUACUGGUGGAGUAAAAAUUGGAAAGAUUGAAAGUGUGGCCUCUUCAGAAGUCAAGCUGUCCAUCAAUGAGAGUGCCAUCAUAUGGCCAACAUCAUUUCAGCAGGUAGCUGCGUCUGCUGCUUACGCAGCUCACUGUGAAAAGUGUCCAGAUGACCAACAUCCCAAUAAGAAACGAGAUCAAUGUGUCCCCAAAGCUAUAAGCUACUUGUCCUAUCAAGAAAGCUUGGGGGUCAUCCUGGCUCUCUCUGCCUCUUUUUUGUCUCUAACCACUGGCUUUGUUCUGAGAAUCUUCAUUAAAUACCAAGAAACUGCCAUAGUCAAAGCCAACAACCGGGAUCUCACCUACGUUCUCCUGAUCUCUCUCCUGCUUUCUUUCUUGGCCUCCUUUCUGUUUAUUGGUCACCCCCAAAAAGUGACCUGCCUUCUUCGACAAACUGCCUUCAGUGUGGUUUUCUCAGUUGCUGUUUCUUCUUUGCUGGCCAAGACCAUCAUGGUGGUGGUAGCAUUUCUGGCCACAAAGCCAGGCAGCAGGAUGAGGAAAUGGCUGAGGAAAAAUCUGGCCAACUCCAUUGUCUUGUCCUGUUCUGGGGUUCAGGUGGGCAUCUGCAUGAUAUGGCUGGGAAUCUCUCCCCCAUUCCCAGAUUCUGACAUGCAUUCCCAACCAGGACACAUUGUUAUGCAGUGCAAUGAAGGCUCAGUCACCAUGUUCUACAUUGCCCUUGGCUACUUGGGCUUUCUGGCUGCCAUCUGCUUCUUGGUGGCUUUCAUAUCCCGCAAGCUGCCAGGGAGUUUCAAUGAAGCCAAGUGGAUCACCUUUAGCAUGUUGGUUUUCUGCAGCGUGGGCAUCUGCCUUAUAUGGCUGGGAAUCUCUCCCCCAUUCCCAGAUUAUAACCUGCAUUCCCACCCAGGACACAUUGUUUUGCAAUACAAUGAAGGCUCAGUCACCAUGUUCUACAUUGCCCUUGGCUACAUGAGCUUUCUGGCUGCCAUUUGCUUCUUGGUGGCUUUUCUAGCCCACAAACUGCCAGGGAAGUUCAACGAAGCCAAGUUGAUCACCUUCAGCAUGUUGGUUUUCUGCAGCAUUUGGGUCUCCUUUGUCCCCAGUUACCUGAGCACCAAAGAGAAAUCCAUGGUGGCUGUGCAGAUCUUCUCCAUUCUGGCCUCCAUCCUGGGCUUACUGGGCUGCAUCUUUGCCCCCAAAUGUUACAUCAUUAUCCGGAGACCUGACAUGAAUACCAAGGAGCAUCUAAUGAUGAAAAAAAAAGGAAGGCUCCUGAUUUUGACAAUUAUUUUUUUAUCCAAAGUAUUGCUAAGAUCAAAUAAGAUUGCUUGGAACUAA